AUGCUAAUCAUAAUCCUUGGCAAUAACAUCCUUCAGCCGGCAACACUGGGAAGGCGGAACAAAUUAGAGGCUCAGUUCACUCGGGAGCUGAUGGACAGGUUCAGUCGAAUCCUUUGCCCAGGCAAAGAUGAAAACCAGAUCUAUAUCUUUUUUAAACUAAAAAUGAAAACAUCGGUCGCAUUGUACUUAGCUCUAAUGACGCUUCAAAUCAGCAAAAUAGGCGCAACAAUUGCUGAAAAUGAUUACAUUUGUGGAACAGAUGUCCUAAUCGAGAAGAAUAUUAAUAAUUCACUUCAGAAAGCCUGUAAUACCCUCUAUCAAACCAGGAAGGCGGUUAGAUAUCCAGCAGAUUACGAUGCGUCAGACACCUUUUACAUUUCUGACGCAAGACUUUUCUCCUGGCCUAUGUUGAAAGACGAUAGAUUAUUUACUACAGGUCGUGCUGGGAAUCUUCGUUUGAUCAUGGACUCUGAUUGCCGGUUUAUCGGAAUAAUCAUGAAAACCAUAAAUGAACCUGAUAAGCGCUGCUUUCGGCCCGUGGCACCACCACGCGAAAUUGACGAUUCUUCCAAUCCUUCACUUAGAAAGAUACCAGUGUUACGUGGCUACAAUUGUGAGGGUAAAGUUUUUGAAAGUUUCCAGGUAGAACAAGUUCGCAAAGAGACUCUCCGAUUAUUUAACUUUUGGAUUUCUAAACAUCUACAAACUAGUCUCAAUAGACUAAAAGUUUUUGAAGAGUUUUUUGGGUCGAUCGUAUUCUUAUUGCCUACAAAAUCCCCCAGUUCCCCAAAACAACUUAGAGAAAUAGUAGAUUAUUCGUACUACAUCGCAAUAGAUUUUAAGUAUGAAACAUUAGGCAUGGUCUACAAGACCAAAGACAACUGGGUCAAAUAUGAUGGAUUAUGGGAAAUGGAACCAGAGCGCCGUCAGAUUAACGAUCCCCAAAAAAAUUCUAUCGGAGAAGCGAUUUUCGAAGGUCUGAGUGCCUACAAAUGUGACUCAUUCAAGUUUUCGCGCGAAACGAUCAAUAGUCAUAUGCAGGUAGCUUGCGGAAUUUUACAAAAAGUACAGAAAUCUCCCGCACGUGUCAAGCGUGGUCGCGUAUGUCCGGCGGUAGUAGAAACUGAUACAGGAAGUCUCACGGCUUGGAAAUUUCCUCUGCAACUACCAGAAAAAGAUUUAAUUACGGGUAAUAAAUUUUUGACCCAUGAUUGCGUGAUCAUACUGGAUAAGCAGUGUCAUUUUCAUGGGGUUUACCGGUACUCUAAAAAAAUGUCAGUGAAAUGCAACCGGUCAUCGCCUCAAGAUCUUCAGAAAACACACCAUCAUGAAGCCACAGUAUCGGACUCGUCCUGGAUUGAUGAAAUGAUCGAUGAUGGGUCCUGGGAUCUCAAUUGA